AUGUGGCGCGCGAGGUCUGGCGGCGGAGACGCGGCAUUUGCAUCCGUGCUUGUUCACGCCCUGAACAUUCUCGCCUGCGCGUACGUUGACCUCGCCGGCUUCGCACAAACCACGUCCGCCGGCCGAGAUGCCAUUUGCUUCGACUGGCUUAUCCAGACAACUUCGAAUGUCACCGCGGCGAGGUGCCAUGCACACCUCACCGGCGACCCGACGACCGAGAUACGCUGGACUUUGGAGCGGCUCGCGAAGCACUGCACCCUCGUCGAGCACCGGCUGCGCAUCGUCGGCCUGCCGCACGGUACCAAGUUCGGCAGCCCGAGCGGCAAUGCGACGAGCUUGGACGAGCUCGUCGGCCUCCACCGGCUGUGGGACCGCGGCGACCUGCGCUUCGAGCGCGUGAGUGUCGAGGAGGCGGAGGCCGCGAGGGCGAACUGA